CAUUGCUGUCCCGUUCGACAAUAACCUUCCACAACACAAUCCUCACCCUGCGGACGAUCUUACCCUGACCUACCGGACAGGCCACGCACUGUACAAUGCGUUGAUCAUCUCCUACCGCCUCCCAUCCUCUGCAACCUACGAGAAGAGUACCAUUCCCCUCGCGCGGCCAACGAGUUCCCCGGAUUCUCCUCCGUUACAGGGGAAUACGUUAGCAACCAUGGCGAGUUUCCUGGACAACUCUUACAGUUUGGUCCAUCUGGACAACACUGCAGAUCAACCCAGUCAACAAGACCUCAAAACGCAGCUGGAAAAGGGCACAGAUGAGACCAAGGUGGAAACAAUGACGAGGAUCCUGACCAUAAUGUUGAAUGGCGAUCCUAUGCCCAACCUUCUCAUGCAUAUCAUUCGCUUCGUCAUGCCCUCAAAGAGCAAGCCCUUGAAGAAAUUAUUAUACUUCUAUUAUGAGUUAUGCCCGAAACACGAUGCCAAUGGAAAGCUGAAGCAGGAAAUGAUCUUGGUCUGUAAUGGAAUUCGAAACGACCUACAACACCCUAACGAGUUCGUACGGGGUAACACCCUGCGAUUUCUUUCCAAACUUCGAGAGCCGGAGUUGAUCGAGCCCUUACUGUCCGCCGCGCAAACCUGCCUCGACCACCGACACGCCUAUGUGAGGAAGAACGCAGUGUGGGCUCUCGCGUCAGUCUACCAACAUGCUCAAAACCUCAUUCCGGACGCUCCAGAAAUGCUUCACACAUUUUUAGCUGGUGAAAGCGAUACGACCUGUAAACGCAAUGCAUUCGCUGCUUUGAUGAGCAUAAGUCACGAAAAGGCGCUGGACUAUCUGACUGGUGUUAUGGAUGGAGUACCCAAUGCCGACGAGUUGUUGCAGUUGGUAGAACUUGAGUUUAUCAGAAAGGACGCGGUGCUGAAUCAGGCAAACAAGGCACGGUAUCUGCGACUAAUCUUCGACUUGCUGGAAGCGAACACAAGCACUGUCGUCUAUGAGGCUGCUACUUCCCUCACAGCUCUCACCAGCAACCCGGUAGCUGUCAAGGCCGCAGCUGGAAAAUUGAUCGAAUUGAGCAUCAAGGAGGCCGACAACAACGUCAAACUUAUUGUACUGGAUCGAGUGGAGCAGCUCCGAAGACGAAAUGAAGGUGUCCUUGAUGACCUGACUAUGGAAAUCCUCCGUGUCCUAUCUAGCCCCGACCUUGACGUCCGGCGAAAAGCGCUCAGCAUUGCUUUGGAGAUGGUCUCAAGCAAGAACGUGCAAGAAGUUGUCAUGCUGUUGAAGAAGGAACUUAGCAAGACAGUUGUGGAGCAGUACGAAAAGAACUCGGAAUAUCGACAACUUUUGAUUCAGUCAAUUCACCAGUGCGCCAUCAAGUUCUCCGAGAUUGCUGCAAGUGUUGUCGACGUCCUGAUGGACUUCAUCGCCGACUUCAACAAUAGCUCAGCGGUCGAUGUCAUUUCCUUCGUGAAGGAAGUGGUCGAGAAAUUUCCCAAGCUCAGAUCGUCGAUUGUUGAAAGACUGGUCUCGACACUGGGCGAGGUACGUGCGGGCAAGGUCUAUCGCGGCUCACUAUGGGUCGUUGGCGAGUACUCCUUAAAAGAGAACGAUAUCAAAGAAGCUUGGAAACGCAUACGAGCCAGUCUUGGAGAGAUACCUAUCCUGGCAUCUGAACAACGACUACUUGACGAGCAAUCGCACGAGGAGAACGGUGAACCAAAAGAUCAGGUCAAUGGACACACUACAAAGGCACCUGCAAGCGGAUCAAGAAAGGUUCUGGCUGAUGGCACGUAUGCGACCGAAUCAGCCUUGACCAGUGACUCAGCUGCUAAAGCUCGACUGGAAGCAGUCAAAGCGGCGCAAAAACCACCUCUGAGACAGCUAAUCCUGGAUGGUGACUAUUACCUGGGUACUGUUCUGUCAUCAACUCUCACGAAACUUGUCAUGCGACAUUCAGAAAUCUCUUCCGACCAAGCUCGUACUAAUGCGCUCCGUGCUGAGGCCAUGUUGAUCAUGAUCUCCAUCAUCCGGGUUGGACAAUCACAAUUUGUAAAGGCGCCUAUUGAUGAAGAUUCAGUCGAUCGUAUCAUGUCCUGUGUCCGGGCAUUGGCAGAGUUUACAGAACGAAAGGAGCUUGAAGCCUCGUUCCUCGACGAUACCAGAAAAGCAUUCAGAGCAAUGGUCCAGGUAGAGGAGAAGAAACGUGCGGCUAAGGAAGCGGUCGAGAAGGCAAAGACAGCAGUUCAGGUUGAUGAUGUUUUCUCGAUACGUCAAUUGGCCAAGAAAAGUGCCAGUGACGGAACAGACGAUAUGGAACUGGACCUGGAGAAAGCAACGGGUGGCGAUGCUACUUUCGAAGACUUGUCCUCCAAACUCAACCGUGUUGUGCAAUUGACUGGCUUCUCAGAUCCGGUCUAUGCCGAGGCAUAUGUCAAAGUACAUCAGUUCGACAUCAUCCUGGAUGUGCUACUCGUGAAUCAGACGAGGGAAACACUGCAAAAUCUGUCAGUGGAAUUCGCUACAUUAGGAGAUUUGAAGGUGGUGGAGAGACCAACGACUCACAACCUUGGACCACAAGAUUUCCUCAACGUCCAAUCGACCAUCAAAGUGUCCAGCACCGAUACGGGGGUCAUAUUCGGUAAUAUUGUGUACGAUUCACCAUCGGGUACAGAUACUCAUGUGGUCAUUUUGAACGACAUCCACGCCGAUAUUAUGGACUACAUCCAACCGGCGACAUGUACCGAGUCCGCUUUCCGAACUAUGUGGACCGAGUUUGAAUGGGAGAACAAGGUCAAUAUCAACAGCAAAGCGACGAACAAGACCCUUCGCGAGUUCCUGGAUCAGUUGAUGAAGAGCACAAAUAUGACCUGCUUGACUCCUGAUGCUGGCUUGAAGGGUGACUGUCAGUUCCUUAGUGCCAAUCUCUAUGCACGGAGUGUCUUUGGCGAGGAUGCUCUGGCAAAUCUGAGCAUAGAAAAGACAGCAGACAAUUCGAUUGUUGGAUUCAUUCGUAUUCGUUCACGCUCACAAGGGUUGGCGCUUAGCCUGGGAUCUUUGAAAGGCUUGAAAGCAGGUACAUAUUAGAGGACUGGCCUGUCCUGGUCUUCACGGUAGUUGAUAAUACCUGGUUGCUUGGGGGGGGAUUCAAACCCCUCGGUGCACAGUUUCGAGGUGAUGAUUUCCCUGCAGAAGAAUCGAAAGCGUGUCGCAUUAUCUUGAAAAGGCUACGUGACAGCAGAGCUUGGAAUUGAAUUCAGAACAUUUAAGUACUCACGGUACUGUGGGAGAGAGUAGGCGUGGAAGCCUGGCUCCCUGGCAUUUCCAGUGGAAUGGGCGGCAUCAUGUUGGAAUCCACCAGUUAGAAUGGAUGAAUCUCAUCGAGUCCGCAAGUCCAUACAAAUUGUC